CGAACCGUAUUCACAAAACAGCUGUCGCCUAUUACGCAGGAUAUUUUCAGUGCUGGCAACAUAUUACGUCUAGAACGCGUAGGGAAGAAAGAGGAAUUGUUUUUUCAUAAAUUGGGCGCAUGCGUGUAGUGUUCGUAACAGAACAGUAUCAUCAUAGUAAUGGUAAUGGCGGUCAAGUUUAUGUUCUGUUUAAUUAUUAAUCCUGUUUAACGUUAUGCUGGAAUAGCACGUGUUGCACCAAUAAAACUGAAGUCCUCCUUAAACAGGAUUCAAGAGACAGGAGGGUCUGGUUUAAAAGCACGUCGCUACUGGCGGCUAGUACUUGAAAUAAAGAGAUGACGUUCACUCGCAUGUUUGUCCGCCUUGGCGCUUGCUUGCAUUGCCUUCCCAAGAGGAAUGCCCAGCCUCCAGCCUUGUGGCCCCCCGGAAUCAGCAGGGGCCCCUGUGCAGCCAACCGCAGGCAGCACAUGGCCUCACAUUCAAAGAGCUGCCUAUGGCAGCUGCGAGAAGAUUAUUUUGAGCUGAGCGUCAGUGGGCUGGUGAUGCGCUUCGACUACGUGUGGCUUCGGGAUCACUGUCGCUCCGCCUCGUGUUACAACACGAAAACAAACCAGCGCAAUCUGGACACUGCCGCCGUGGAGCUGGGGAUCCGGCCUUCAAACAUCCGAGUGGACGAAGAAACCCUCUUCCUCACCUGGCCGGACGGUCACGUGACCCGGUUCAACCUGGUCUGGCUUGUGCAGAACAGCUAUGAGGGGCAGAAACAGAGAGCAGUCCAGCCCCGGAUUCUCUGGAACUCGGAGAUCUACAACAAAACAAAAGUGCCUGCCGUCAGCUGUGAGGGCUUCAUGACCUCCAACGAGGAGCUGAAACAAUUCCUGAAAACCUUUCUGCUGUACGGCAUUGCCUUCGUGGAAGAUGUGCCCCCAACUCUAGAGGCCACUGAGAUGGUUGCUCAGAGAGUCAGUCUCAUCAGGGAAACUAUGUAUGGCAGAGUAUGGAACUUUACAUCUGAUUUCUCCAGAGGAGAUACAGCCUAUACUAAACUUGCGUUAGAUCGUCACACAGACACCUCAUACUUCCAGGAACCCUGUGGUAUCCAGGUGUUCCACUGUCUGAGGCACGAGGGCACAGGGGGGCGGACCCUCUUAGUGGAUGGGUUUCAUGGCGCUGACAAGGUUCUGAAAGAAGCCCCAGAAAACUUUGAGCUGCUCAGCAGAGUGCCUAUAAAGCACGAAUACAUUGAGAAUGUGGGAGCCCAUCACAACCAUAUGAUUGGAGUGGGACCUGUCCUCAACGUGUACCCGUGGAACAAUGAGCUUUAUAUGAUCAGGUACAAUAACUACGACCGAGCUGUCAUUAACACAGUGCCUCACGAUACUGUGCAGCGCUGGUAUGUUGCACAUCGAGCACUCACCACUGAGCUGAGGAAACCUGAAAAUGAGCUCUGGGUGAAGCUCAAACCAGGAAAGGUGCUGUUCAUUGAUAACUGGCGUGUGCUUCACGGGCGUGAGUCAUUCACAGGGUUGCGGCAGCUCUGCGGCUGCUACCUCACCCGAGAUGAUGUCCUCAACACAGCCAGGUCCCUGGGGCUCAAGGCGUGAACCUGACGGGGGAGCAAGCUUAACGGAACCAAAUUUCUCUCAGUUCUUCAAAACUACUUUACACAAUUUUUUUUUAAUGAUUUUAUAUAUAUAUAUAUAUAUAUAUA